CAACUCUCUUUCUUUCUCUCUCUUCUUCAAGAAAUAAUGAGUUGGGGAAGAUUGAAUUUGACAGUGUGAACGCUUCGAAAUGAGCAACAACCGCCGCUAUCUGAUCUUCAUCUCAGCUAUCUGAUAUCGCCGUCGCCGUCGCCGUCGUCCUCGUCGGAGCACGGUUCACUUCGAGGUCUGGAUUUUCCGUUACCUGACUUUCUUCUUCUAUCAUCGUUUUUGUUUUCACUAUGACGACGCCGUCUCCUCCUACUCCGACCGACAACAAUCCACAAGUUCAAGAGGCUGUGCAACCAACUCUUGAAAAUCAGGAUGCUGUGAAAUCAGAAACUGUCAAAGAAAUUUCUCCACCAUCUGUGUUUGUAAACAGAGAACCAAUUAGGGAAGACCAAGUUCAAAAUGCUGUGAAGUUCCUUUCACAUCCAAAAGUAAGAGGAUCUGCUGUUAUGUAUAGAAGAUCUUUUCUUGAGCAGAAAGGUCUAACAAAAGAAGAGAUAGACGAGGCUUUCAGUCGUGUUCCUGAUCCCUCCCCUACUAUUUCAAGUUCUGCACCAGGAGGCACAAAUCAAGAUGCACAGAUUAAGUCCUCGUCAAAUUUUCAACCACAAGCUCCAAGCCAAGCUCUGCAGCCUGCAGCAGUUGCUCCAGCUGGUACCAUUGCUAGAUUGACAUCAGCUCGGUUCCAUUGGACCCAUGCUCUUCUUGCUGUUGGAUUUGUUGCUGUUUCUGGUGCAGGAACAUUUGUAGUUUUCAAGAAUGCUGUUAUUCCUAGAUUGAAAUCUUGGAUACGUAAGGUUGUUUUGGAAGAAGACGAAGAGAAUGGAAAGAAAAUCAGCUCAAAACAUAGUAUAGUCGAAGAAGCUGCUGCUGCUGCUAAAGAUGCUGCUAGUGCUGCUACUGAUGUGGCACGAGCCAGCCAGGAGAUGUUGCUUUCGAAAAAUGAAGAGAGAAAAUUCUUUGAGAACCUUAUGCAAAUGUUAGAUGUACAAGUUAAGGAGAUGAAGUUAAUGAACGAUGCAAUAAGGAAGCUGGAAGGUGACCAUUUCAAAGGUGACCAUUUACUAAAACAAGCGCAAGAUGCGUUCAAACGUUCCGCAGGAUCAGGGUAUUCCCAUGACAGAAUUCCUCCUUAUGUUGAACAAGACCACAGAGGAAUCAUUAAUAAUUCAAGGCAAUUAUAUGCUAAUGGAAAAGUGGAUGUUAACUCGCAUCCAGUAAGAGCUCCAUCACCCCCUGCACCAGUAGCGCCUUCUCCUGCACCUCAUCCACAGUCCUAUAUGGAUAUUAUGUCAAUGAUUCAGCGAGGGGAGAAACCUUCAAACAUCAAAGAAAUUGACGACAAGCCACCAAAUCCUCACCAGCCUUUACCAAACGCUAGUCUUGCACCAAGAACAAAGCCUUGGGAGACUAAUCAGGCUGCUAACAACUCAAGCAGGUUUUGGUCACAAGAAAGCAAUUUAGGCGUCAAUUACAACAUUCAAGCUAAUGGUCAGUCCAAUAAUCAAAAGAAUAAUGCCAGAAUUACUGAGAUCGAGAACGAUGAAGAAGAGCAGCCCAUAUUCGGGCCUUCAGCUUACUCCUCACAGGUAAACAACAAACCGGUUCAACGAUCAUGGGUCCCACCUCAAGCACCUCCAGUGUUAAUGCCCGAAGCAGCUGCUGCCAUUCGACAGCCCAAGAAAAUUCCUCCUCAGACAGCCCAGAAACAAACUAUUGAUGAUGAUAAAUUGGCUUCCAGCUCGUCAGACCUUACGGAUGAGUUGCAGAAGAUCACUAAGAUCUCUGAAUUAGGCGGUGGGGAUAGUUUUGUUGAGCAAAACUCCGAUAUCGGUGGGAAAGGGGGGUCGUCGGGGCUUAUCGAGAAUGAAAUACAGGAAGUAGAAGAAGAUUAUUAGGUAUGAAAAAACAUAUGAAGAAGGUAUACUUGUUCUAUUGAAUCUAUUAUAAGGUAAUCUAAUACCUGUAAACACCCAUUUAGAAAUCAGUUGAAUAUUUUUGAAUUAAGAAAAUAAGGGAAAAAGGUUUUCCUAUUACCUUUUUCA